UGGAGCUUCCCGGAAGUUGCCGAACCUGUGGUGGACGCGGGAUCCCGCGAGGUGUGGGUUCUGCCGGGGAGCGGUCUGGUCUCCCGGCUGGCGAGGUGGGGGAGAGUCGGAAUCGCAGCUGGGGCGGCCCAUUCCCUUUCGUGGCGCGGAGAAAGACCCGGUGAAGAUGGCGGGGCCGCAGCCUCUGGCUCUGCAGCUGGAACAGUUGCUGAACCCGCUACCGCGCGAGGCGGAUCCUGAGGCCGACCCGGAGGAGGUCACUGCUGCCAAAGUGAUUGACAGAUUUGAUGAAGGGGAAGAUGGGGACAGAGAUUUCCUGGCAGUGGGUAACAUUAGAAAACAGACCUCCGCCUCCCUCUUGGACACCGACGAAAGGUAUUCCGGCAAGACCACCUCUAGGAAAGCUUUGAAAGAGCACCAUUGGGAGAAGACUCUGCCAGGCUCAUCUGAUGAGGAAAUAUCUGAUGAAGAAGGGCCUGGAAAUGUUGAUUCAGAGGAUCAGGAUCUGGAGGAAUCUGACGAUGGCAUGAGUACUGCUGAGCAGGAAUAUGGUGAUGAUGGGGACAGUAGUCUGGCCUUGAAGAAGAGGAACAGAAAUCAAACUGGGAAAACACUUGGCUUCAGUGUCCAGAACAUCAGUGACUUUGAACAAUUCACUGCGGGUAUGGAUGACCUUGGUAGCAGUGAGGAAGAGGAAGAUGAUGAGAGUGGCAUGGAAGAAGGGGAUGAUGAGGAAGACUUUGACAGUGAGGAAGACAGGGCUGAAGAUAAGAACAGUGAAGAUGAUGGUGUGGUGAUGACUUUCUCUAGUGUCAAAGUUUCUGAGGAAGUAGAGAAAGGAAGAGCUGUGAAGAACCAAAUAGCUCUUUGGGACCAGCUCUUAGAAGGAAGGAUUAAACUACAAAAAGCUUUGUUGACCACCAACCAGCUUCCUCAGCCAGAUGUUUUCCCUAUUUUCAAGGAGAAAGGUGGCCCAGAAUUUGCCAGUGCUUUAAAAAAUAGUCACAAGGCACUGAAAGCAUUGUUGAGAUCAUUAGUAGAUCUUCAGGAAGAACUGCUUUUUCAGUACCCAGACACUAGAUAUCUAGUAGAUGGGUCAAAACCCAAAGCAGAAAGUGAGGAGGAGAUUUCCAGUGAAGAGGAAGAGGUAAUAGAAGAGAAAAAACAAAGAAGGGCCCCACCAAAGAGGAAGCUAGAGAUGGACGACUAUCCCAGUUUCAUGGCAAAGCGCUUUGCUGACUUCACAGUCUACAGGAACCAUACACUUCAGAAGUGGCAUGAUAAAACUAAGCUGGCUUCUGGAAAAUUGGCAAAGGGUUUUGGUGCUUUUGAACGCUCAGUCUUGACUCAGAUCGAUCAUAUUCUAAUGGACAAAGAAAGAUUACUUCGAAGGACACAGACCAAGCGCUCUGUCUACCGAGUUCUUGGAAAAUGUGAACCUACAGCACAACCUGUGCCAGAGAGUUUGCCAGGACAGCCGGAGAUUCUUCCUCAAGCUCCUGCCAAUGCCCACCUGAAGGAUUUGGAUGAAGAAAUCUUUGACGAUGAUGACUUUUACCAUCAGCUGCUCCGAGAACUCAUAGAACGGAAGACCAGCUCCUUGGAUCCCAAUGAUCAGGUGGCCAUGGGAAGGCAAUGGCUUGCAAUCCAGAAAUUAAGAAGCAAAAUCCACAAGAAAGUAGAUAGAAAAGCCAGCAAAGGAAGGAAACUUCGGUUUCAUGUCCUUAGCAAGCUACUGAGCUUCAUGGCACCUAUUGACCAUACUACAAUGAAUGAUGAUGCCAGGACAGAGUUAUUCCGAUCUCUUUUUGGCCAACUCAACCCUCCUGAUGAAGCCCUGCGGGACUGACAGCACCACCUCUCCUGCCUUGGGCCUCAGGCACAACCUCUGAGCACCUGGCGCUGGGCUAGCUGGGUUGGCUACUCAGCCAGUCCCACAGUGCAGGAAACCAAUAGCCUACGGGGCUGAGCUAGCCAGAAAUCCCCAGGAAAAUAUGCUGCUCAGAACACGUGCCUAAUACAUCCCAGGAAUCCUGGCAGUAAGUGUCAGUAUGUCUAGUGCUGCGAUGUACAAAAGACCUACCCACCAAGGUCCUUUAACCAUCACAAAUAAAAAGCACUGUUCC